AUUCUUUUACUGCCCUCUCUUGUUAUAAUUAUUUUAUUUCGCGGGAACUUUUGAGAAAUUUUCAAUAACAUUUUUACCCACUACCUCGAUCAAAACACGAUGAAGGUAGAGACUCCUGAGAUUUCAUGGCAUGGACGCGAUCCUGUCUACAGUGCUGACUUUCAACCUGGGAAACGUUCAUUAUGCAGGAUAGCAACUGCCAGUACAGACACAAAUGUUCUGGUAUGGUAUGUGAGUGUUGAUAAUGAUGGCAAGGCACAACCCACCUUCGCUGCUAGUCUCUCCCGCCAUACCAAAGCAGUUAAUGUAGUCAGGUUCUCACCAGAUGGAGAAACCUUAGCAUCGGGGGCAGACGAUGGGUUGGUAAUCCUGUGGAAGCUGCAGGAGAUUGGUUAUGUAGCAGCAGUCUUUGGCAAAGAAGAUGAAGAUUGUAAGGAGACCUGGGCUACACUCAAGACUCUCAGGGGUCAUCUUGAGGAUGUUUAUGAUAUAUCCUGGUCAUCUGAUGGAUCUAGAAUGAUCUCAGGUUCGGUGGAUAACAGUGCUAUCAUCUGGGAUACACAGAAAGGAGAGAAGCUGUUUCUUCUGAAGGAUCAUAGGAGUUUUGUUCAAGGAGUAGCUUGGGAUCCCAAGGACAGAUUCUGUGCCACAAUCAGCUGUGAUAGAUCAAUGAGAGUGUAUAAUCUGAGCAACAAUCGAUGCAUUCAUCAUGUCAACAAGCUGACCCUGGCAGCAGCCGGUAAUAAUGGAGAGGGUGUGACGAAGCAGUAUCGUAUGUUCCAUGAUGACACGAUGAAGUCCUUCUUCAGACGGCUCGCGUUUAGUCCUGAUGGUGAGCUGCUCAUCGUCCCUGCUGGUAUCCUGGAGAUAGGAGACAGUGUACUCAACACAACAUAUGUAUUCUCUACUUCAUCCUUCUCAAAGCCUGUACUACACUUGCCAUGUCCCACCAAGGCCACCAUAGCUGUUAGGUGUUGCCCAGUGUUGUUUGAGUUCAGACAGGAAUCAAGCGACGCGGAUUCUACCACAGCAACGCCGGAAAAGAAAUCAGAGAGUACACAGCAGAAAGCUGAGCAAAAAGAUGAACCAAUGGAAACCGAUGCUGCUGCUCCCAACACAUCUCCUGAGUCUAAGGAAGAAGGGCAAGAGAAAUCAGAUUCUAGUAAAGAGGUCCAAGAUAAAUCAGCUAGCUCCCCCUCAAAGCCUGAGACCAAGCCUGAGACCAAGGACCAAGCUACACAGCUAUUUGACUUACCUUACCGUAUGGUGUUUGCCGUAGCAACUGAAGACUCUCUGCUCCUGUAUGACACCCAGCAGAGCAUUCCAUUUGGUCUCAUCUCAAACAUCCACUACCAUCAGCUUAGUGAUGUCACAUGGUCAUCUGAUGGCAGGAUAUUGGCCGUCUCAUCGACGGAUGGCUACUGCUCCUUUGUGACUUUUGAAGCUGGUGAACUGGGUGUUCCCUACGUCUCUCAACCUGUCCCUACCACUGCACCUAACCCUGCUCCACCUAGCGCUACCAAGUCUUCCCCCUCACCCACUCCUGCAGUGUCUAUUCAGACAUUGGCCAAUCAGAAUGCAGGGAUUUCAAAAUCACCGAAUCAAAAUACAGGAAUUUCAAAAUCGCCCAAUCAGCAGUCUGUAUCUACUGGUGUAGCAGCAGGUGGUCCAGCCUCUAUAACUGUCAAGCCUGUUGGAGGAAAUAGAGUGAAGGAAGCUAAGAGGAUCACCCCUGUCAUGAUAUCAGGACCACCAGGAUCAGGGCCAGCACCAAGGAGAAUCCAACUGACUACAUUGUCCUCACCACCGUCCAAUCAACCCACAAACUCUUCAUCCUCACCACCAUCCUCCUCCUCCUCUACACAUCAACCAUCCAAAGAAGAUCAUCCAUCAUCAUCAUCAUCUAGUAGCAACCAGACCACAGACACACCUAGUAACCAGCGUCCAUCUCAGAACGGUGGUUCACCUGUAACCGCCAAAGACACCGUACCCGGUGGUUCUCAUGUAACCGUCAAAGACACCAUACCCGAUGAAGCCAUCCCGGAUGAAGAGGAAGAUGAUAAUGAGAAUGAAGACGUGAUUGACUUGACAGCUGAGAGUGAUAGCGAUGAAGCUGAUGAGAUGGAGGUCAAGGAGGAGGACAUUCCGGUGGUUCCUAUGAAGAAGGUUCAGAUGCCUCAAAAGCCUGUGGCUCCUGCUCCUAGGAGGAUGACGACCAUCAAGCUUCUCAGUGAUUGAUAUACCGGGAGGAAUGACGACGUUGAGAAUGAGUUCCAGUGAACUCUGAUCCCUGUAAUGAAGUGACUUUAUAUACAGUCAAACCUGCUUCGGUGACCACCUGUCUACAAGGACCACAUUUUUUGUUUCCCUUGAAAAUGGUUUCUUGAAACAUGUACUGAAGGAACCUGUCUACAAAGACCACUUUUUGUGUUUCUUGUAGGCCGUCGCUAUAGACAGCUUUGACUGUACAAGACUUUUUGUAGACCUACUAGAGAGAACCAUAAGGCCAGAACUCCUUCUUGGAUCGCAGUAGUUCUGUACCAGAACAGUCUCGAGUCUGUAUUUAUAAGGUGGAUUGAAGGAUCACUGUGCCAUUGAUGUACAUCAUGUUAAUUGUAACAUCUGUCAAACUUCUUAGAAGAAUUUAAAGAUCUAAUUCACAAACUUUGAGGUCCAUCGAACCAUAUUUAUAAAUCACUGUCGUAAUUUUUUUUUACAACAGUUGCUAUAUGAUAUCAAUGAACACAAACUGAAAUCUCUUCAUGUGAAGUUGGUUGGUUAACGAGUGUUUUAUAUGCAAUGAAGCCAGAGGGAUAUCAUUCAGUUUGUGUAAGAAAUGUGAUUCUGUGAAACUACACGUUAUUCUCUCAAACUUGGGUAAAGAUCUUUAGUACUUAGCAUCUCAUUCAAAGACAGAGUAAGUGCUUCAUGUGUAUAAGGAUAUUAGAAGAUACAAGUAUGACAACCACACACCAAAAAGCAUGUUCAGAUAUGACACGGUGAACUAUCAGAAAAAAGCCACUCUUUUCUUCUUCUUCUUCAGUUGCAGUACAGGCCACCGUCGGGUGUAUUGUCGCACUGUUGAUGAAUGGCAAUUGCACACGUCAAAGGUCUUGCGCAUAUUCACUAAGCUCUGUGUGAUAAUAUACAGAAGUAUGAAGCAUAUGAUAGUUUAUGUCAUCAACAGAAAACAAUGUCGCUGUUAUGCCGCGUCAUAUCUGAUCGAGACCUAAGGAAGGCCUUUUUUUACUGUAUAUAUGUGUAUAAUUCUAGUCAAAAUGCCUGUUAUAAUUUCAUGUAUCUAUGAAAUGAAUGGUCCAUCUAGUUUAUACCUUGUUGGAUUAUGUGGGACUUCUACAUCCUUACCUUUAAGUUUCUAGAUCAAAAAAGUGCUUCUGUUUCUGCAAAUAAUCUUGAUCUGUUUCAGAAUUGUGUGUCCAAAACAUGGGUUUUGGGAUUUUGUGUGCACGGAAAGCGAUCCAAGAGAAUAGAUAUUUAGAGGUGGAGGAUGCAUCAAUUGAACAUUUUGAGGGGUCAUUGACACAAAGACGUAACUCCAUUUUGAGAAAAAGUGGUUUAUGUGUCACUGAGCACUUGGGCCUUACGGAGUUAAGUCUAUGUUUCACUAGCCAUCAACUU